CAUUUCUUUUUUUGUAUAUUUAUUUUUUGUCACCUUCCAAACUCUAAUGGGUAUAGACUGGAAAUUCCAUAGGUAUUGGAUUAAUGGUACAACUAGAAUGUAUAUUCUGGAGAAUACAGGGGAUCUGGUAAACCAUUACAAACUAUGCAUGGAAGAUUAUUUAGGCCUUUAUGAGGACGAACUUAAAAAUUUGUAUCUGUGCACAAAAAAGGCUUGUGAUCUAUCGACAGUGGAUCUCUUUCCUUGUGCAAACCAAGGCAAGGAAAAAGAACCACCAGACCAAUCAGUCGCCCAAGAAACCAAUAAUACUCCAAUGUCACCUAUCUUGGUAGAUGGUACUGAUGGUGGUGGUGAUGAUGACGAUGAACAAGAAAGCAGCUUGGACGAAUUCUAUGAGAGCCUUGACAAUAUUUUUGAUGUUUCUUAGAGGCAUUAAUAUUCCUGGGCUAAUAAUGUGUUUUCUCUCUGUAAUAUAAGGUCAAUUUAGCAAUGUGUUUUCUCUCUGUAAUAUAAGAUCAAUCUAGUUUUAGUUUCUGCACUUUUAUUUUUUUAUUUCAUCCUUAUUAUUUGAGAUUCUUCCAUUUGUAGUCAUUGGUGAAAUUUGACCAC